AUGCGUUUCCGCCAGAAAGAGAGAAUCGACUAUGGACCAGAGCAUGAGAAGGAUAAGCCGCCGGAAUUUGUUGGUCUAAGAGAUCGUAUUGCGCAUUUUACAUGGACAUGGUUUGCGGCGACGAUGUCCACAGGAGCCCUUGCUGUAGUGUUGGGCAAUACCCCAAACACAUUCACGGGAUUACAGACGAUCGGCAAAGUCGUUUUCAUCUUUGAUAUCCUUCUCUUCUCCUUAUUCAAUAUUCUCAUGGCAUGGCGCUUCAUCCUGGUACCGCGCAAGAUGCUGGCCUCGCUACACCAUCCCGUUGAAGGCUUGUUCCAUGGCACUUACUGGGUAUCAGUUGCCCUGAUCCUGAACUGCGCAUAUAUCUACGGCAAUGCCGACACCGGACCGUGGUUUCCAAAAGCGCUUGAGGUCUGCUUUUGGAUGUACUGCGGCAUCGCGUUUAUCAUCGGCGUCAUUCAGUAUUCGAUGUUCUUCCGUCUUGAACGACUCAAUGUUACAGAUGCAGUCCCUGCUUGGAUCUUUCCCAUAUACCCGCUUUUGGUGGUAGGCACGCUGGCAGGCACUAUUCUACCAGCACAGCCAGACGGACCCAGCUGGAAUAUCUUCAUCGGCGGAGUACUAUUGCAAGGCGUGGCUUGGGUGGUUUCCUUCCUCAUGUACGCCAUCUACAUGCAACGACUGAUGACCGGCAACCUGCCGUCGCCCGCAACACGACCUGGCAUGUAUGUUUCAGUUGGUCCAGCCGGCUACACUGCAGCAGGUCUAAUCUCGUUAGCCAACCAAGCGCCCACCUUUAUCGGAGCAAACUACUGGACAGAGAGCACAGUUCACGACGGUGACAUCGUGCGUAUCUUCGGCAUCAUGUCUGGACUCUUUGUCAUCCUCUUCGCCUACUGGUUCUUCUUCAUCACGACCAUCGCUGUCCUAGCUGGUGUUUGGAAAAUGACAUUCUCGCUGAAUUGGUGGGCGUUCAUCUUCCCAAACGCUGGCCUAACUCUGGCAACGAUUCAGGCUGCUAAGGUUCUCAACAGCGAGAUACUGAACGGUAUUGCCAGUGCACUGACGAUCCUGCUUGUCAUCAUGUGGUUCAUAGUCACCCUCUUCUGCAUUCGCGCUGUCUACCGUGGCGAGAUAUUAUGGCCUGGUAAAGACGAAGAUAAAACUAUGGAGAGGAUUGCAUGGGGUUGGCAGAGCAAUAGGCACAAUCCUGAGGCAAGGAGGAUCAUUAACCUGGACGAUGUCUAG